AUGGAUCAAUAACUAGAAAAAUGGAAGUUGAAUAGUCAAUAUUUUAUUCGAGAUAAAUAUUUUAAUCUUUAUAAGAAACUUGGAAAUCAAGCCCUCAGACAACAAGAUCAAUUGCAUUUCAAGAGACAACGCAUUUUCAGGAACACCUCCUUCAAAGAUCGAGAGAAACUACCUCCCAUGGAAUAAUCUACCAAAAAAUGCGAUUACAGUCUCCCAGAAUUCAUCUACCCCACUAUCCAUCAAGUUAGCACCAUCGAUGAAUAUAAUAAAAUAUUGCAAGCCAGAAUUAAGAGUAAUGAACAAAAGGAAAGGAAUGAAUGGAAGUUGCCUCCUUUAGAAAAAGAAUAUAAAGAGAAAUAUCAAUUAAAACGAACUAUCUCCUAAGCAGAUUUGAAGAUCAAAUUGUAGCACCUGUUUUGA